UUUGGCCUGUUCUAAAUUUGCAGGAAUGCUUUUGGCCCCUCCUUUGGCACUGUAUGCUUCUCGGGCUUACUUAUCUGUGUGGUCCGUGUUGUGCGUGCGGCUGUUGACAGUGCAAGGCGAGAAGAUGUUACUGGGAUAGUGAGCAUAAUACUUCGCUGCUGUGUUAAUGCUUUACUGUCAGCAAUUGAUUUCCUAAACAAGUUCACGAUCAACUUUGCUGCAAUAACUGGUGAAUGUUACUGUACUUCCGCUAAAAUGACAUAUGAGCUUCUGAGACGUAAUCUUCUUUCAGCUGUUUUUGUGGAGACAGUCUCCACACGUAUCCUGGCUGGAAUCAUCUUCGUCCUCUCAGCAGUAUAUGCAAUUGUGGUUUGGGCCAUUUUGAAUGCUGUCAGCAAACUUGGAGUGGACGCGUACUUUGUGUCAGUUCUUGCAUGGGUUUUGGUCAUUGCGGUGCUGGGCUUCUUUGUUCAUGUGCUGGAUAAUGUGAUUGACACCAUAUACGUGUGCUAUGCCAUAGAUAGGGACCGGGGGGAGGUUUGUAAACAGGAUGUGCAUGAAGUUUAUGUCCACCUCCCCAUCUGUAGGAACAGUAGACCAACUCUUGCCACCAGAACUCCACUGAUUGUAUAGGUAACUUGAUCUCAUGGGCUGUUUCACCUCUCUCCUUGCUUUCUGAAGUUGAAACACAGCCUUCUUGAAUUGUGCAUACUGAUACCUUGUACAAUCUUGACUAUGGUUUUUGUUCAUUGCAAAUAAAUAAACAAGUUUUUUUCUCCCA